AUGUAAGACCAAAGUCUUCUUUAACCAAAAUAGUUUGAGGUUAUUUUCAAUCGUGAAUUAUAUGGAAAUUAAAUUGAUGCUAAUUCAUUAAAUUGUGAUGGAUUCUUGCGUUAAUCUAUUUAAUACACAUCAGAAAUAAUGAUUUGUGAUUUAAUUUUGCUUUUGGAAUUAGGGUAAUUGAACAAUCAAAAAUUGAAUAUUUCAGGUUACUUUGAAUUAAUGAACUUGAUUUAAGAUAAAGCAAAAUGCAAUCAACAUUGUAUAUUAAAAUAUUGUCUCAUUAAUAAAAAUGAAUAAGGCAACUUUUAAUUGGUUUCGAAAAUCAAACCUCAUAUAAAUUAUCCUUCUUUAAUAGAUUAAAUUGAUGAAUUCCAAGCAAAACUUUCAUAAUUAGUAGAUGAAAAUUAAGGUCAAGAUUUAGAUGAAAUAUUCAAUUAAGCACUUGUUAUUUAAGAAAAAUUUAAAUCACCUAUAAAACCAUCAUUAUAAAAUGAGAAAGAUGCAAUGUUUUCUUGUAUUUAAAAUAGAUUUUUUAUCAAAUAAAAUUUGUUAAAUAAAUAAUUUAGUGAAUAAUAAGACUCUUUAGAGUACUUUAAAUAUAUUUACAAUGUAAUUGAGAACUAAAAUUGCUUUUAUUAAAUAUUGGUUUAAUUGAUUGAAGCUGAUUUUAGCACUUUAAAAUAUAUAAAUGAAUUUGUUAAAAAUUUUAAAAAUUAAGAAGGAAGUAUUAUAAUCAAUGAUUUUGAAUUAAAUAAUUAUUAUAUAAUCAAUUUGUAACAUGCUGAAUAAAAAAUAAAAGAAAAAAAUAUUUAAGUUGAGUGGUAAUAAUCAGAAAAUAAAAUUUAAUUCUUUUAAAAUAUAAAAAAUUACUAAAAUUUAUAGGGUAAUCAAUUUAGAAAUAAUUAAAAUUAUUUAUCAGAGAAUAUAUAUUUUACUAACUUCUAAAAAGCAUUAAUUAAAGAAUUAAAAAUAAAAUUUUGGAUUUUUCUAUAUGAACAAGAUCAAAAUUAUCUUGUUGAAUUUGGGGAAGAAAUAGUCAAAAUAUUUAAUAAAUAUCAAAUAUCAAUUAUUUUGAAAUCAGAAAACUAAUUACAUUUUCAAAAAUUCAUAAAGAUUAUAUUAGAUUGUGAUGAAAUGAAUGGAGUAAUUGAAAGAAUUUUAGAAUAUAAAAUAAAUCUAAUUCAUAAAUAUGUUUAAGAAAAUUUCAAAAAUAAAUAGAAUGAGUUAAAUAAAAAAUUAGAUGAGUUAUAUUAGAUAAAUAAAAGAAUUUAUUUACCAGAAUUAAAAAAUCAUCCUUCUCUAAUAUAAUAAUUAGAUAUUAUAUUCGAUUAUUGUAAAAGAAUAUAAAUAAUGAUUUAAAAUUUAGAUAGUAGUGAGGAAGUGGAUUUCACAAAUUCUAAUUAAUUAAAAAUUUUAUCAAUUUUCAUUCAAAAUAUUUAUCAUUAUACUGAAUAAGAUAGAGAAUUAAGUCAAUUUACAAAUAAAUUUUGUCCUAAUUUAAGUAUUUCCAAAUCUACUUAAUUUCAAAAAUAUUUUAAAAAAAUUGAAUAAAAAAUAGCGAAAUAAAAAUUAUUGGAAUAAUUUAAUAAUAAAUAAAAGAAUGAAUUUGAACCAAAAAAUUUGUUUUAUUCAAUUAAUAUUUAGAAAUUAAUGAAAGCACCAUAAACCUUUGAUUAAUUACAGUGUGCAUUAUAUUAAAAUACAACAUGGGAUAAUUUUCAUAAUUCAUUAAUUCAAGAGUUUGAAAAAUAGAUUCAAUCCAAAAAAUAUCUAGAACAAAGUUAGUUAGUUGAUAAAUCUAAUAAAAUUUAAUAAUUAAUAGACAAUAUACACAAUUAAUAUUCUAAGAAUUGCUUGGAUAUUUUUUUAAAACCUCCUUAAAAUUUAAAAAAAUUUAAAUUAGAUAAUUAGAAUAUAGAAGAAUCAGAAAUCAAGAAAAAAAUAAUGGAUUUUUAUUCAAAUUAAUUAAUGGAGAAUUUGAGAUCAUAACUAUAAAAUAUUCAAUUAUAAUGA